UCAGACAUGAAUUGGAAGGUGCUGGCUGGUGUUUUAUUGGUAUUGUACGUGACUGUUGCUACUACCAAGGAAAUAAGAAACACUGCCUCUAACAUCCAACAUGGUUUAUCAUUAGCUAAAGAAAUUGGUGACUUUGUUGUUGCUAAAAAUUUCACCAAUGUCAUUGGAAAGCUGGCUACCGCUGUAACACCUUAUCUUGGUAUUAUUGGACCCUGUGUGUCCUUCAUCAUGGGAUUUGUUGCAAAAACUGAAACAGCCGAACUUAAAGCCAUUAAAGAUCUGUCCACAAAAGUUGACAAUCGAUUCGAUAGAGUUGACAGUCAAUUUGAUGAAGUGAAAAACCUGAUCGAAUGGGUUAAAGUUCAAGUACAGUAUUCUAGUGCUGAGCAAAGAAUUAACGCUCUUAAUGCCCGAUUCGAAAAUAUCUACACAUUUAGCACUAAAGAUGUUAGGAAAACGACGUCUGCUUUUGUUAAUAGCUACGACAGUACUUAUCAAGAGAGUGGUACAAUUCUCUAUCAAGGAAUCAUGCAAGGAGGACAUGUGUUUGGAGGUGGUCUUUUCACCUCUGUUGUCAAACAUACCAAUUACCACAGAGGAAAAAGCCAAGCCUUUAUGCUAGGACUUCUUAAAUUGUUGAUGAAAGCCGCCAAGUUGGAACUGACUUACUAUCAACUAACUCAUAAAGAUGUACGUGGUAACCAAAAUCAAUGGUCAACUCGAUUUUCCGAAGUCAGAAAGAAAAUGAUGGCUACAGAUGCAGCUAUUGUCAAAGAGUUUAAAACUCAAUCUGGGAAAGAUAUCGACGAUCUUCUUAAAAACAACCUGAAAACUGCAAUGAACAACAACGACUUCAACAACAUGAUAUAUGGUUACCUGACUGAAAAGUACUCAUGGAAAGAUUGGCUCACAGUAACAUACAAUGAUAUAACUGGUGGUAAUGUACAUUAUGUUGGAGAGUGUGGCGGUUACAUCAAGUUUAGAAACCAUGGUAGAAACUUUGUGGCCGCAAGUGUUGACCGUAGCAAAAGACACAUCAACAUGGCUACAGCACGUUCCAUUGUAAGCAAAGUAGAUUCAUGUAAAGUAACAACGAGCUACCGUCCGCAUAAACAUAACAUCUACAGUAGAAAAGACGCAGACAAAGCGUAUCAAACAUUCCCAUCGUCAGUCAGAGACCAUUGCGAUCCUUACGCAGCUCAAGGAGUGAUUUCUAACAAUGGUUAUGACGUUCACAUCAAAGGUCUUCCUAGCCGAAUGUAUUGGAGAAAACAAGAGAAAUGUAACCAUGUUUUUAUCUUUGGCUAAUAAAAAAGUAAUUUAUUUC